GCGGCGGCGGUGGCCAUGGUCCAGCCGGGGUGUGGGCCGCAUCAGACCCCUGCACAGGGGAGGCACAGGUGGCCCCCAUAACCCAGAAGAGCAGCUGCCACCCGCAUCUGGGGCAUGACGGAGCCCCCUUCCCCAGGCCAGCCUGCGGAGAAGGCCGUCCCGCCCGGAGACGCGGGCCAUGUGGGGCUACAGGGAGCUGCUGGUGUGGGUCCUGGUGCUGGCGGCAGGCGGCACCGAGCUCAUCUACAGGCCUGGCCGCAGGGUGUGUGCCGUCGGGGUUCCCCAGGGCCCCAUGUCGGAGUCCUUUGUGCAGCGCGUGUACCAGCCCUUCCUCACCACCUGCGACGGGCACCGCGUCUGCAGCACAUACCGGACUGUCUACAAGACCGCCUACCGCCGGAGCCCGGGGCCAGCGCCCGCCAGGCCUCGCUACGCCUGCUGCCCCGGCUGGAAGAGGACCCGUGGGCUCCCCGGGGCCUGUGGAGCAGCGAUAUGCCGGCCGCCGUGCCAACACGGAGGGAGCUGUGUCCAGCCAGGACGCUGCCGCUGCCCUGCGGGAUGGCAGGGAAGCAGCUGCCAGACAGACGUGGACGAGUGCAGUGCUGGAGGGGGCGGCUGUCCCCAGAGCUGUGUCAACACUCCAGGCAGUUACUGGUGUCAGUGUCGUGAGGGGUACAGCCCGUCUUCGGACAGGGCACUCUGCCUGCCCAGGACAGGGAGCCCCAGGGCGGCCCCGGACCCCGGCAGAGGAGUGGACAGGGAGGUGAAGGAGGAAGUCCAGAAGCUUCGGUCAAGGGUGGACGUGCUGGAGCAGAAGCUGCAGCUGGUGCUGGCCCCCCUGCACAGCCUGACCUCCAGGGCCCUGGAGCACGGGCUCCCCGACCCGGGCAGCCUCCUGGCCCACUCCUUCCAGCAGCUGGAGCGCAUCGACUCUCUGAGCGAGCAGAUAUCCUUCCUGGAGGAGCAGCUGGGAUCCUGUUCCUGCAAGAAGGAGUUGUGACAAGCCUGUGCCCACCCGCCGAGCUGCACCCCACCCCACUGGGCAGGGUGGGAGGGGCCGCAGGCCGAGGCCGAAGAAACAGGGCAGGGUGGGCUUAGGGGUCCUGCGUGAAUGCAGCCCCUGCACCGGCUGGCCUGUGCCCAGGGGAGGUACGACAGCUCCCUGCCCAGAGCCUGGGGCCUGGGGCCACUGGCUGGGCAGCCUGUUAGCUGGGGGAGCUCCAUCCCGAUCUUUGUCAGAAUA